UUGUCUUAAUCUGCACCUGAGGUCCUGCAGCUUCUUAGUUUCUAACGCUCUUCAUCGCCUUCCAUAUCAACGGGAUUUGGUAUCGAAGAUCCGUACUUCGCAAUACCUUAGCACGCGACUUGACUUCCACCCAAGCAGACUUUCGUUGAGCCUGUCACAUAUUCACAUAUGGCCAUGCUCGGAAGACUUGUGCACUAUACAUUCGAUGCAGUCUUGUUGUCCACCGUACUCGCUGGCGUGCGUCGAUCGAGUGGAUUCAGUCCGGACUCAAGUACAAUUGGUGAUCCCACAUUGCGCUCGAUUGCGGACCGGUUUCUGGGAGUUGGCGAAAGAAUAUUCGACACGGUUCAGGCUACCGCAGUGAAUAGCAACUACUUUAAACGCACCGGCAGGGAUCGAUCGUGAAGCAGAAUAACAGCUUGGUAACUAGAGGGAGCUUGUGUUCUCCGAGAUAGGAGCUAUACACAGAUAGUCAUACCAACAUCAACACCGGUAUUUAUUCUUGGUCUGGAUUUACUUGUACAUUA